AUGUCGCCAUCGAUCAGUCGCUUGUCGCCAUCGAUCAGUAGUAUGCCGCCAUCGAUCAGUAGCAUGUCGCCGUCAAUCAGUAGGAUGUCGCCAUCGAUCAGUACUAUGUCGCCGUCGAUCAGUAGUAUGCCGCCAUCGAUCAGUACGAUCAGUAGCUUGUCGACGUCAAUCAGUAGCAUGUCGCCAUCCAUCAGUAGCAUGUCGCCAUCAAUAAGUAGCAUGUUGCCAUCAAUCAGUAGCAUAUCGCCAUCGAUCAGUAGCUUGUCGCCAUCAAUCAGUAGCAUGUCGCCAUCCAUAAGUAGCAUGUUGCCAUCAAUCAGUAGCAUGUCGCCAUCAAUCUGUAGCAUGUCGCCAUCAAUCAGUAGGAUGUCGCCAUCAAUCAGUAGGAUGUCGCCGUCGAUCAGUAGCAUGUCGCCAUCGAUCAGUAGCUUGUCGCCCUCGAUCAGUAGCAUGUCGCCAUCGAUCAGCAGUAUGUCGACGUCGAUCAGUAGCAUGUCGCCGUCGAUCAGUAGCAUGUCGCCAUCGAUCAGUCGCUUGUCGCCAUCGAUCAGUAGCAUGUCGCCAUUGAUCAGGAGAAUCUCGCCAUCGAUAAGUAGCUUGUCGCCCUCGAUCAGUAGCAUGUCGCCAUCGAUCAGCAGUAUGUCGACAUCGAUCAGUAGCAUGUCGCCAUCGAUCAGCAGUAUGUCGACGUCGAUCAGUAGCAUGUCGCCGUCGAUCAGUAGCAUGUCGCCAUCGAUCAGUCGCUUGUCGCCAUCGAGCAGUAGCAUGUCGACAUCCAUCAGUAGC